CGUCGACCAACUUACAUACAGCCGAUGUGUCACCGGAAAAGCAGUCCCAGGCGGUCUGAUGACUGCGGGCAUCCGAAGACGGUGGAGACGGCCAGAGCAGGGACUUAAAGUCGGCGAUGUUUGGCAUUCUUGACUUCGGCACGAAGCAGCCUUCGAGGCAAGAACAAUGGCAAUCAGCGGCGUGAACGGCGACACAAACGGCACCAGAGCCAUCAAUGGAACUGCAAAGAGCGUGGAAGAUUACUCAGUUCCUAAGGAAACUCAACGGCUAUUCGACAAUGGCAUCCUUAACAACUCCCUGAUCGCGCCCACGUUACCAAAGGGUAUUGCCGAAGCAGCAGCGAAAGUUCGUUUCGAGGGGACCUCAAAGCCUAGCAUCCCGAUAAACUGGCGAUUUGCAGAAAGCAUCUCCGCGCUGAAAGGCCUCGAAGCGAGCAUGAUCAACGUUCUUCUAUCGCGCAAAUACGGCUUAGAACCGCAAGAAGCAGUGAUAAACACUGAUCAUGCUCAGUUGUUCUUCAUGUCUAUACUGCUGAAUACCAUCGACCCUGCCGGUGAGGCAAUAGGCUUUGGGUCCGAGAACAACACCAUGUAUGACAAGUACUUCAAAAACACCGACUUGCACGGACAGACCUCGAGCCUGUACCGUGCCAGCGCAACGAACAUUUACCGCUGCAAGGACGGCCGAUACUUCCACCUCCACGGCUCCAUGAACCCAGAGCCAACCCAGGACUCCCUCGGCUUACCACACGAAAAGGCUACCUCCACACCAGAAGAAAGCUGCAAACCAUAUGCCGACGCGGUCGCCGCAAUCGAUAGCCCUGAGAUGCAGCGUCUCGCCACCGACAAGUUCAAGCAAGCCGGCACCAUAUGCUGGACCGCAGACGAAUUUCGCGCCUCUCCCCACGGCAAGCAAAACGCCCAUAUCGCCCUCUACGAUAUCCAUGCCCACCCCUCCUCAACUCAGCUGCCCACCUGGUGGCCCGAGUCCCCACAUACCUCUCCCGCGCGCCCUCUCGCUGGCCUCAAAGUAGUAGACCUGACCCGUGUCAUCGCCGCCCCGGCACUCACCCGCGGCCUUGCCGAGCUCGGCGCAAGCGUCAUGCGCGUCACCGCCCCGCAUAUCACCGACAUGAGCAGUCUACAUGUCGACCUCAACUGGGGCAAAUGGAAUGCGCACCUGGAUUUCCGCACCGAGGCUGGCCGUGAGGCGCUGCGCGACCUUGUACGCGACGCUGAUGUCGUCGUGCAAGGCUAUCGGCCAGGGGUGCUGGACAAGUACGGGUUUUCACCUGAGGGCCUACUGGAGAUGACGCGAGGAAGGGAGAGAGGGCUUGUUGUGGUCAGGGAGAAUUGCUAUGGGUGGCAGGGGCCGUGGCAGGGGCGCAGUGGGUGGCAGCAGAUAUCCGAUGCGUGCUGUGGCGUGUCAAUGGCGUUUGGGCAGGCGAUGGGAAACGAAGAACCCGUAACACCGGUAUAUCCCAACUCGGAUUUCUGUACGGGGACUUCGGGGGUGAUUGCGGUAUUGAAUGCGCUGUUAAGGCGUGGCGAUGAAGGCGGGAGUUACCUCGUUGAUGUCGCGCUGAAUUACUACUCUCAAUGGCUAGUGAAUAGCGUCGGUGAAUACCCACCUGCGGUUUGGGACGACGUGUGGUCGCGCAACGGACGCCAGGUGUUCCGACACUACCACAACAUGGGUUACACAUUGCCGCGCUUCAUGAAGAUGCUGCAUGCGAACGCGAGAGAUGUGGUGCUCCGGCCUGAGUUCUUCGAGACGCGACACUCGGCAGCGAUUGGCGCUGACGUGCGUUGCCCGAAGCCAAUCAUUCAGUUCCCAGGCGGGAAAGUCGAGUUGAAAUUCAACGUUGGCACGCGAGGAAACGGGGUAGAUCAGCCACGAUGGCCGGCAGAUCUGAUGACAGAGAUCGUGGCGUAGUAAAG